UAGGGCGAGAGAGGGCAGCAUGAAAUAUCACGUGAGAGCUGACUGAUCCACAUCCAAUGAUUAUUCCGCUCUGAAAAUCGACACAAAUUUUACAUUUUUCCAGAAGUCAAGAUGUCGUAUGGAAUGCAGAGAGGUCAGAUGGAAGCAGCCAAAGAGCAUACGGCAGCUGUAACAAGAGAUUAUAUCACACAGCCCAGAUUAACAUACAGAACCGUAUGUGGAGUCAAUGGACCAUUGGUCAUUUUGGACAAUGUGAAGUUCCCCAAGUAUGCUGAGAUUGUCACACUGACCCUUAAUGAUGGGUCAAAGAGGAGUGGUCAGGUGCUGGAAGUCAGUGGGUCAACAGCUGUAGUACAGGUUUUUGAGGGUACAUCGGGUAUCGAUGCUAAGAACACAACAUGUGAAUUCACAGGAGAUAUCCUAAGGAUGCCUGUCUCAGAAGACAUGUUAGGAAGAGUAUUCAAUGGAUCUGGCAAAGCCAUUGACAAAGGGCCUUCUGUACUAGCAGAAGACUUUUUGGAUAUCCAAGGUCAACCCAUCAAUCCACAAUCUCGUAUCUACCCCGAAGAGAUGAUCCAAACGGGUAUCUCAGCUAUUGAUGUGAUGAACAGCAUCGCUAGAGGACAGAAGAUCCCUAUCUUUUCUGCUGCUGGUCUCCCUCAUAACGAAAUUGCUGCCCAGAUCUGUCGUCAAGCUGGUCUGGUCAAACUCCCGGACAAGGGUGUCUUGGACGGACAUGAAGAUAAUUUUGCCAUCAUCUUUGCUGCUAUGGGUGUGAAUAUGGAAGCUGCCAGGUUCUUCAAACAAGACUUUGAAGAGAAUGGUUCUAUGGACAAUGUGUGUCUUUUCCUAAACCUGGCAAAUGAUCCUACGAUUGAGCGUAUCAUCACCCCUCGUCUAGCCCUGACUGCUGCCGAAUUCCUGGCCUACCAGUGUGAGAAGCACGUUCUUGUUAUCCUCACUGAUAUGAGCUCAUAUGCAGAAGCUUUGAGAGAGGUGUCUGCUGCUCGUGAAGAGGUCCCGGGUCGCCGUGGUUUCCCUGGUUACAUGUACACUGACUUGGCAACCAUCUACGAGAGGGCAGGUCGGGUCGAAGGUCGCAAUGGAUCCAUCACUCAGAUUCCCAUUCUUACUAUGCCUAAUGAUGACAUCACCCAUCCCAUUCCUGAUCUGACAGGGUACAUCACAGAGGGACAGAUCUAUGUUGACAGGCAGUUAGACAGUAGACAGAUUUAUCCACCUAUUAAUGUGCUGCCCUCACUGUCUCGUCUUAUGAAGUCUGCUAUUGGAGAGAAUAUGACGAGGAAAGAUCACGCUGAUGUGUCAAACCAGCUGUACGCCAACUAUGCCAUUGGUAAAGACGUCCAGGCCAUGAAGGCCGUUGUAGGAGAGGAAGCUCUAACACCUGACGAUCUCCUCUACCUCGAGUUCCUGCAGAAAUUUGAGAAGAAUUUCAUUACCCAGGGUAAUUAUGAGAACCGUACCGUAUUUGAAUCGCUGGACAUCGGUUGGAAACUUCUACGUAUCUUCCCAAAGGAGAUGUUGAAGAGAAUCCCACAGAACAUCUUAGCAGAGUAUUAUCCUCGAGACUCAAGACGUUAACCCUUCUCUCACUGCUAAUCAGAUCUCUAUUUUAUCCCUUUCUUGUUUUCAGCCUGCUGUAUAUCUUAUUCUUUCUCUUUUUGCUGGGCAAUAACUAACUGUUGGUAUUAGUGGGUUUUGUAUUGUGUUAGUUUUGUAUCCUUUAUGACCCUCGACCCCAUCUAAUAUUGUACGUUGUGUUUGGAUGUCUGUUCAAAAGGUGGGCAUGUUCUUAGAAUUCUAUAGAAUUAGAAUUCUCUGCAAUCCUCUCCCAACCUCAGUAGAUAUUUGUAUGACAAAUAAUGAUCUCAAUAUCCCAUUGUGUGUGUGGGUCUGUAAAAUGGGUUUGAAAAAAAUCUCGGCAAGGAAAGAUUUCCAGAAGGAAUCGGAUCAAACUGAAAUUUAAAUAAAAGCCAUCUUUGAAAUGCACAUGGAUUUGAAAACUAUUUUUUUGUCUUAUAAUGCUAUGUUGUCACAUUUGAAUUCAUUAAUCGAUUGGGCAAAGUGCUCUAGUAUUUCCAUAGAAGUCACAUGAUGUGGGAGGAUGAAGAUAAACAAUGUUCCUGUAGAUUCAGUGUUAAUCAAUUGACUGGUAAAUAGCCUAAUUUUCCAUAGAAUUUUUACAUUAACCACACAUUUCUAAUUGACAUUGGGUUAAUUUCCUAUGUAUUGCAGCAUUAUAUUAUUGAUCCAACAGUUCCCUUGAUAUAAAAUUAAAACCAACUCAUUCUCAAAUCAUGUUUUUCUGCAUUUGUGGUAUUGAUUAUACAUUGGACAUAGUUCAGUAAGAAUAUGUGACACUCCUUCUUGAUCCUCUGAAAAUGUUUGUCACUUUUCACAGGAUACAAUAGUUUGUGAUUAUGGUAUUUAUUUUGUGCAAAUUUGUGCUAUUGUGAGGAUAUGUAUCCUACAUGUGUUCAUUUUCGGCAUGAUGUGCGUCUUAGACUUAAAAGUAUUUAUGUUACGUGUUGAAUUAUUGUUAUGCUAGUAUAUGGUCAGGUAGAAUCAACAGAAAAAGACCUUAAACCUCCUCAUAAUUAUUGCCACAAGACUGAUUAUUUACUGUAUAGUAUAAAAAUUUUGUAAGAAUAAUAUGUUUCAAUUUAGUAUAAAAGAGAAAAUUCCUUCUGCAGGAAGUAGACCAUGUUAUGUUUAUGCAUUAAUGUGAAAUUAUAUUUAAGUUGAAAACUUAGUGUCACAUGAAAUGACUCAGAUUGUGAUAGACAGGUCUUUAAUCUAUUUUCUUUGCAUCUUAAUGAUAGGCAUUGAAGCAUAAUUAAUGUAUCUGUCAUAUGAUAUGUAGUAAUUCUGCCUUUCAUAAUAGUGAACAGUUGUCACCUUAAGUUGAAUGGAAGUGUUAAUAGAACAUAUAAACAAACAUUUUAAUUAUAUGCACAUGAAAGUAUUAUUUCAGUUUAGUCUCAACUGUUAAAAAUAUUUGAGAGGUAAAAUAUGUUUGAAAGUAUCCAAUGUCUUUGUUUCGUAGUGUCUGUUAUCAUAUUCCAUUGGCAAAAAGCACAUUCCACUGACACUAAAUGAAAUAAUGCUCACGAAUAAGCUACGUAGAAAGAGACAAUAGCUCAAAUAACUAAUUUCACUUUUUAAAGGUGGAAGUCAUGCGCAAUUAACUUGUAAUUAAGAUGAUAUCGGCCUGAUUCUGAUAGUAGCCUUUCUAAAGCAUUUUUGGUGUAAUAAGUGCAAGGGAAUGUGGAAAAAUGGUGCUUUGAGCAAAGUGAUUAUUUUUUGCUAAUCACUCUUUACUCUCCAUCUUAUGUUACUAUUGCACCUGUGCAAUGUUUCAAAAGUGGUUAUUAUUUUUUACUAAUCACUUUUUACCCUAGAUUUACAUGCCAACUAUUACAUCUGUGUGAAGUUUCUUAGUUGGCUAUUUUUUGCUAAUCACUCUUUACUCUCCAUCUAAUGUUACUAUUGCACUGUGAGAUGUUUCAAGAGUGGUUAUUUUUUACCUAUGACUCUUGACCCACUAUUACAUGCUUACUAUUGCACCUGUGCAAAGUUUCUAAAAUGGUUAGUGUUAUCACUCUGAGAUACCUUCCAUGGCAUAUUGCACUUGCUCUGUAUUUCAAGAACUUUGAUUUUUUUUAAUUGGUUGAAGAUGGAUGCAUAUGUAACAUGCUGUCUCUGGCUCUUGAUUUCUUUCUGAUGAGUUGUUAAUUGCCAAAUGGUAUUAAAACAAAAUCUGUUUCAUGCAAUUUAUGUCCAAAUAGCUCUUUGCCUCAGUGCUUUCAGAUUGUAACUUGCAGAGGAGAAUUGUUUAAUUGAAUACAGUAAUGAAACAACUGGAUGUCCACUGGUAAAAGCCAAGAAUUUUGAACGAGUAGUGAAAAUAAGCAACCAAUUAUUUGUGCAUUGAAAGUGCUACAGCAUGAAAAUAUGUAUUGUCUAUGCCUCUGAAAUAGAUGUAUAUAAAGAUGUUUUCAAUAGAUAUAUUGAAUUGACAUGAAAGAGCAUCUUAUGUUGAAAAAUAAACAGAGCUGUAUCCUCCUUAACACUAUAGUGACACACUGGAUUCAAUCAAUCUGCCCGACCAAAUUUUGAAAAUGUUUAUGUUGGAAAACUGUUGUCGGGUAUUAUGAAAUAAAUUGUGACGUCUAGUGGUGAGAAAUAUUUCAGUAAUAUGGUAGAAAAAGCCCCCUUUAAUAUUCUAGUUUUACAUAUAUGAUGAUUUUUGAAGUACGCGUCUUAUUGCAUUAGCAUGCAUAUGGAUACAUGUUAAAGAGACUAUUGAAACUGUGUACAUAUAGAUGUUCAAAUGAUAUGGUUCAUAGAUAUUAUAUAAAAAUGAAUUAUGUAUUGAUGUUCUAAAUUGUCAAACCUAAUGAGACUACCAAAUAUUUGAGUCAGAUGUGGACUUGUUGUUUGCGUUUGUUACCAAAUAAAAGACUUGAUUGAUUUUAAUUGAGAGAUCAUCACAGUUCCAUCAUAUUUGAGGUCUACACUCACAUAGCUUACAAUGUUUGGUCUCAUCUCACAUGGUGUUCCUCUACACAUACAUUCGUAAUUCUGAAGGUUCGUUAGUCCGAAAACAAAGUGAGGUUUGUAAUUCUGAAGGUUUGUUAAUCCGAAAACGAAAUGAGUUUCGUAAUUCCGAAGGUUCAAAAACGAAAUGAUUAACGAACCUUAUUUCGUUUUUGGACUAACGUACCUUCGGAACAACGAACCUUAUUUCGUUUUCAGAUUAUCGAACCUUCUGAAUAACGCCACAAAUGUUCGGAUUAACAUCGAGGUAUAGGCAAUUUACGUGUUUCGGAAUUACGAAGUGUAACCGUUCCUCUACUAAUAGUUAACACCAUGUGGGCAUUAGACUGAAUGAGAAUUAGACUUUUAUUAGACCCAGUGUAGUGUAAAACAAACAAUUAGACCAAAUUGAGAGUAGGCCGUGUGGGUGUAGCCCAUAUGGUAUUAGUAGUUUCAUUGGAUCUUUAUCAUAUUCAAUGUUGAAUGUCAGUACUGCAAUAAAUAUAUGAUAUAUACAAUGUAUAUUACCCGAAUAAU